UCACCAAGCACCGAAUGGUGGCAAAAUUUGUUGUGACUGACUGGUCGACUUUGGAUUCUGUUAAGGAAUUUCAGCUUUCUAACUCGCGUUGCAUGAAAUGUCUGGUAGCCGUAAAUGCUGUGAAGCUGUAGGGGUGAGCUGUCUAUGAUUUGAUUCAGCCAUAUGGGAACCACCCAGCAAACGGUCAUGUGACAUGCAUUCUAACUACAGUAUUCAGCAAUAACGAAAUAUGACUACGACUUUGUACGAGUACUCCAUUUUGACCAUACUGUCUGUAUUCAUUAUUCAAACAAGUGCUCUUCAAAUUCAUAAAAAUAAAACCUGAUACGCAUUUUUCUACGUAGAACUAUCGUACACUAAGAAUCAUCAAUAAGCACUGGUAUUCAUUUUGGUUCAGUAUUGUUACCUUGAAGCUGUUGAAAGAAAAACAACACAGAUGUUGAACUUUGCUCUCUGCAGAUUUUCACCAUAUACAUGUAGUAUCUGUACUGCACUUUUGUAUUCAUGGAUGCUGUUAUGACAGACAAAACAACUUGUUGAUAUUCAAUCAUGUCUUCCAAUGAUGGCACUGUGUUGGGGAAGCCCCCAGUUGGGACGCCAGGCGGCCGUAACAGAACUCCGUCCACCACACCUCGUUCUUCCGCAUCCACACCAAGGCAAACUGCGUCAUCCACAGGCCGAGCUGCUAGUGUGACUCGAAACUCGAAUCGGGCGGCCGUCCCUGGCCAAGCGGCAAAAUCCGCACGGUCUGCUACAGUCACCAAAGACACCGAGGCAACUCUGCGACGGAAGAUCGAGCGAUUAAAAUCGGAGCUGGAUACCAAGAAGUCCAAGCCAAUAUGGGGUGCCGGCGAUGCUAAAUCUGUGCCAACCAAUCGUGCCUUGUCAAAACCUCUAAUCAGAAGUAACUCAAAGAACUCCCUCUCAAAAAGUCUGGGUUUUGAGGGUUCCGCCUUGGGAAGCAAAGACUCUGCCAAAGUUGGAACGCCUCCAGAUAGCCAACCAAAGGCUAGCACCGCCAGGAGAUCUGUCGGUAGUAUGCCUGAUUCCAGACUAACAAAAACACUCCCUGUGGGUAGUUCAGGUAGCGGUGGCAAUGCCAAAGCAAGAGCAGCCCCUGUCGCAGCUCCGCGAGGCCUUUCCCGAAUCAACUCUAAGCCAGAACUCAAGAAGGGUAGCGGUUCCACUCCAGAAGCUCAGAAAACCACUGAUUCCGGGCAAGAACACUUGGAAAGCCCACCAUCAUCCUCAGGUACUAGUCUGAAAAGGACUAACACCUACUUGGUCAAGAAGAGGCAGCCGGGUGUAUCGCCAAGGAUCCCAACCAUCCAUGCCUCGCCGAAGGCUGAGAAUAUAAAAACAGCUGUGGUGGUGGAUAACACAUCACCAAAGCUGGGGAGAAAGUCGGUGGAUAACACAUCUGAGGAUCCCAAAGGAAUUCUUUUGCCAUCUCUUGAUGAUGAGAACCCUCACGAAAGAGCUGCUGAAGUUAAAGAAAAAUUACAAUCUGAAUACCCUGCUGUGAAUUAUGAGAUUGAGAAUCGGGGAGAAAUGAAUCAAGAUGAUGAACUCGGAGAAAAUUUCUCUGAGGAUGAGAUUGAAGGUGUUGCACAGCAACCUGGGGAAUUAACUUUGACAAAUGAAAAUCAGCAAUUGGAAACUAAGGAGGAUGCAUGUAUUCAUCAAACCAAAUCAUUGGAAGGAGAAACUGAUGCCAUUCAAGAGGAUGGACCAAUUGUAAAUGAGGAUAUGAAUAUUCAGAAGGUGGAGGAUUCACUGCAACAUGGAGCACCAAGGGUGGAACUGGAAGACGGGAAUUCUUCAGAUGGACUGAACAAGCCACAAAAUUCUCAGGUGGGAGAUGACCAACAGAAACAAGAGGCUACAACUCAAGGAGAAGCAGAAAGAGAAGAAUUGGAGCAGGUGGUUGCAAGUCAACAGCAAGAAAUUACAACUCUCAAAAAAGAAAAUGAGCAAUUGCUGGAUCCUGACGAGCAAUUUGCACUGUCACUUGCACCGUAUAUUGCUGAGACAUCUGUCACCCCCUGUGUAACCCCAAGAGACAUUACACCAUCCCCACUCCCACCCCCAUCGGAAUCAUCUGAUACCCCUGAUAGAGCACACUUCCUCCUUGGAAGUGGCUUUCCUGCACCUGGGUUUGUUGAGGGGUCUGUUUCAGGGUUUGCAACUCUGGAUGAAGACCAACGUAAUGUUGACACACCCCCACCUCCACUAGCACUAGACAUUGGUGACACCCACAUCAGUCUGUUGGAUAGUGAUAUUGAAAGUAACCAGUCCCUUGCACCCAUAUCUGUCGAGGGUUCUGUCACAGGGUUUGAAGCCCUUAGUGAUGACCAGUCAAGUAUUGAUACUGUACCUAACACUACAGUUGCCAAAGACUUAUCCCCACCGUUACCUCAAGUCACUUUUGAUGUCCCUAUUGCUACAUUUAUAAGUCCUGCCGAGAGUCCCCCACCCCUUCCAUCUACUUUUGCCGAGAGUUCCGUUACAUCAUCUGAGCCCAAUGCUGUCCAAACUAACUUUGCUGAAACGUUAAAUUUGCUAAGCACCGACAUUGUUGUUAGCAUGCCACCACCCCCAUCUUUUCAAGACAACGAAGAUGUCACUAUCACUCCAUUUGAUGAGUGUGUUGAAAAUGCUAGGCAGCCUUGGCCUCCAUCUGGUGAUGGGUCGGUUGUGGGGUCUGUCACCCCAUGUGUCAGCCCCCCUCCUGAGAGUGCAGAUUCUUCUGGUGCUAAUGGUGGAGGGUCUCUGCUGCAAGUUUCCGCUAUCCCUGUUGAAAGCCUUGCAGCUGGUGAAUCAGAUUUCUUGGAUGACAUUGCACCCCUAUCUGCACCCCAGUUUGACACUGUGUCCCUCACCGCGUCUGACCCUAGGGAGAAUGAGAAUGAACCCAGUCCUGAUCAGCGAGAACACAUGCCCAGCAGCAGUAAUACAGAGGGGGAACACCCAACUGACUUGGGUACCGGCGACCGGUCUGUCACGGUGUCCGACACUGGUACAGGUCACCAUGUAGACACGGGAUCCCAGCAUGAGGAUGGGGCAGCUAUGAGCAUGGAUGCACCGCAGCAGCACGGCACGCGACAAAAGGUUGAGGAGCUACAGUUGGAGCGAAAACCCACCGAGGAGCGCAUCGACAAACUGAAGAAGCGCAACAUUGAGCUAUCAGUCAUGGCCAAGCGGCUGGAGGAGAAGGCUAAGCAGAUACAGAAACAAAAGAGAGCAGACACGUCCCCCACCUUACAGAAUGGCAGCUCUUCCCCGGUCCAGCCCACCUCCCCGAACUCCAAACCCGCCACUGAUGCCGACUUCUACAAGCGACUGCUGGCCAGGCAGAGGGCCCAGUACCUGGCCGAGAAUGCUCAGAAACUCCUGGUUAAAGAAAGACAGAUACAGGGACUGAAGGAGGAGCUGGGAAGGCAGAAGAGCGUUAGUCCUGAGCCAGGGAUAGAGAACAGCCACAUCAAUGCAGACAAGAUGCAGCUGGAGCAGAUCAUCAAGGGAAAUGUCAAGGAGCAGUUACGACUCCAGAGGCAAAUACAGCUAGCUUCCAGCACAACGGAUGCUGAAUCACAGGAGGAGGGGUAAUAACAAGAGUCCCACAACAAC